AUGUCACUUCGGCGCUGUGCGUUCCGUCUCUGCCCUGCCUCCAGCGCCGCGGCGCCUGGGAUGUCGCUCGCGCAGCCGGAGCGUGUGCCCAACGUCCUUUUCAUGGAGCGGCGGGAGAAGAUCCUUGCGGACCUUCGCGAGAACAGAAACGACAAGAGCCACGCGGGUCGGGUGGACCCGCUGGUGGCACCGUUGGUCCACCUUAUCAACGAUAAGUUUCGCUGCUACGUGACAUCGAGCUCGUGCUCUGGGCGGGUCUCACUGUUUCACAGGGGACAGGUUUCGGCCGCUGUGGAGGGGCAGCGGGCCGAGCGUAAGCGCGGUGCCUUUGGUCAGGGCGCACUGUUUCAGACACAUGACGCAUUUUCUGACGUGGAGAGAGCAGUGGAGCAGCUGUUGGUGCCUGCUUUGGAGGGUUUCUCUGUCUGGCGCACGAAGCAGCAUGAGGAUGACCCGCUGAUAUAUGAGACGGAACUAUUACAACUCAAAUUUGAGCCGAUGAUUGUGCAUGUUUUGUGCGAGACCAUGGACGACGCGGCGAGGCUGCUGCAGUGUGCGACCGAGAGUGGCCAAAUGGAGAGCGGCGUGCUUUCGUGCUCGCGUGGAACUUCCGAUGCUCGGAAGAUUACUUGCUGCAUCACGUCACCGUUGUGCGUGGACAUUCCCUUGUUUGCCCAGGGCCGCUGGCUGCUGGGCCACGCACGCUUUUCUAGCCCGGAGUGGAAAUUCCUGCUCACGAAUACGCUUAUUCACAUAAACACACUAUUUUCUGCAAACGAGGCGCGGCGUUCUCGAUUUGCGGGCGAAGUGCAGAGGCGGCUUUUGUGUUGA